AUGUUCGUUCCUGCUUCCAGACAGUUCUCGCUUUCCGCGGAAACAAAGGCGCAGAUCAAGGCUCACACCGAGGGCUACCGUGGCUCUGCCAGGGCGUCGCUCCUGCAAGCUGCAAGGAAAGCCAGAGAGCAGUUUCAGAAUCAGUGGCUGGACUUUAGCCCAGGUGCGCCGCUGCUGGCCAAAAAGCGCCAUUUCGACGUGCAGACGGAUGGCUGGGUCGAAGAACAGGUCCUGAUUCAGCUGGACACCGCAGCUUUUGGAAAGGGUGCCGUCCGCGAGUGCUUCCGGAUGAAGGAAGUGCGACUGGACACGCGCCUCUUGACCGGGAGCCCACAGAGGUCCAAAAAAGGUGAAGAUGGCAACACAUCUUCGACACAGGAGCGCCGCUUGAGUUUCGAGGUUCUCGCCAGAGGGCUCAUGGAGUUGCCCCGCAGUGGCCAUCGCACCCUUUGGGUGGCUAAGCGCUCCAUCGCGGACCACCAGCGAAAGAUCAUGCACAGGCGGGAGUGUGAGAUGGAUGUGAUCCACCAGACCUUUGCCAAGCAUUACGCGGAACUCUUCAACCAGGACGAUGGGCUUUGA